UCUGCCAUCUUGGCCCCACCCCUUACCCGCCCUUUAAAUGCUGUACUUCAUUUGACUUCAUAAGAAAACACUCUUUCAAAAAUUUUAUUUUGGAAUAGCAAAGUGACCACUGGUUGGUAAGAAUCUGCUAAAUUUGCUGAGUUUUAACGGACUGAUUGGUAUUGAAAAGUUUGACUUAUUUAGACAUCCCGUUAAAUAAAUGAAGGAAAUUCUCAUUGCAUUAUACCAAUGGAUUUAACCAUUUUAUAAAUUCUGUAUUUAUAACAUUGUUACUAUUUAUUGGGUAGUAUGUACCAUGCAAAUGUGAUAGGUAUUUUACCUAGUCUUAUUUAAUGUUUAUAAUAUUACUGUGAGGAAGCUAAGACUGUUAUGUCACUCGGUAUUACUAUGCUUCCUUUGAAGAGCCCAAGACUCCAGUUGGUUAAAUGUCUUAAUCCGCGUAACUGUUUCUAUGAUUCAGGAUUUGAAUUCUGGUCAGUCAGACUCUGAAGCCUAAUUAAAUCAGUGACCAGUUCACCACUCUGUGUUUUACUCCCUGUCUCCCCCCACGUAAUUAUGGCUAAGAUUUAGGCUGUGCUUUUUAAUGUAUAGCUAAAGCCGGAUUGGGUGGGUGAGGGUUCUGUCUGUAAGGGCAGCACAUGGGGGGAAAGACUCUGGGGCCACAGCCGGUGGAUGCUUUUUAGAAGCUGAGGUGAAGAGAGGAAGAGAGGAAUACUGUAGCCAGCAGUUUUCAAGUCAGCAGCAAAUACUGCAUCCGACACCAAAGUGAAAGGCUGAGUGAAGAGAUGAUGGAGGUCUUGGAGUCUAGCAGUGAUUCCCAGCUCUGCUACCUACUGGGUCUACUCCUGAAACAAUCAGAGUUUUCAGGAUGAGGUCCAAGAAUUUGUAUUUUUCAAAAGUCCUGCAGUUGUUUUUGAUAUGCAGCAAAUGGUAGUAGGAAAUGAAAUAGGCCUGGGGGGGACGGGCAAAGUUGGUGAAAGUAAGGAUUUAAGUUCGGAAGGCAGGAGUGCUGAGUAUGUGGAGGACUGUUUAUUUUCAGAAGAACAGAAGCUGAAGAUUAAGGAACAAAACAGGCAGUGAUGAGGAAGUAUUGAUUAUGGAUUUGGGGUAUUAUUUAUUAUUAAUUUUUAAGCCCUGUUCUGGCUAUAUGUGGAAAAUAAAUCGAUCUUUUUGGAGGUAGGUGUAUCUUAACUGACCUGUUACCCAGAGAGGUUUUAUUAUAAAUAGACUGAUGAUAUUUCACUUAAUUUCUGAGUAAAAUAUUAAUUUUAAGCAAAAAGUAUGCUUAUUCAUAUCUUAUUAAUAACAAACAUAUUUUACUAAUUCUAUAAUUAUUUAUUUUAGGUAUUUCUUAUUAAAUUUUUAAUUCCUGAGUACUUUUUUUCCCUAGAUUUCUAACAGUGGCGCACUGUGUAAUUUCAGGAAGAUGAUCGUAUUUUAGGUUUGUUCUGUGAUUUUUAAAAAAUUUUUUAAAACACUCUAGGUAAGCUGUUUCCGUGACUCCGAAAGUGUGGUUAUAUCUUAUGGUUUAUAAAUACUUCAAACUUGCUAGCAGACAUUUUUUUUUCCUAAAACUUUGAAUGAUAAGACAAGAAGAUGGAAUGCAAGUGAAUCUGUGGGAAGACAAUCCAGAAGUUAUAUUGAGUCUGCUGACGGGGGUAUCCCAAGGCGUUUUUAUCCAUGGAAAUGUUUAUAACAUUAUUCUUUGCCUUUUCCUUAUUGUCUAAAUCUCUGUGUUAUUUUUGACAAGAAAUAAAUGCAUACAAAUGACUGCGGAUGGCAUUAUUUUGGCAUGGAAUUCCAUCUUUUUUUUUUUUUAAAUCACUUUUGUGUCUGCUUUCUUUUCAGAAUAUUUGUUUUGCUACACCAAAGCCUCUUAUUUGAAUGUUAGUUGCUUAGUUUCCCAUCCCUGUUCAUACCUUUUCUACUUGCACGUAGACUAAGAGUUUUGAGUAGGAGGGAUGAGAACGGGAUGACUUGACUACACAAUAUAGUACAAUUGAACUGUUUGUCUUAUACUCAUCUUUUGGUUUAAGGUUUUGGAUGUAUCCAUCUUACAAAGGAACUUGCAGAUUUCCAAGGACAUGAUGGUAGAGGAAAGAAUCCUGCUACAUCACAGAAGCUGGAAGUUCUGAUGUUCCGUUGAAAUCACAAUGGAAAGCCUUGGCUUGACUGGUCACAGUAAUGAAAGGCAAUAAUAGAAAUAAAGAUCAUUCAGCAGAAGGAGAAGGGGCUGGAAAACGACCAAAACGAAAGUGUCUGCAGUGGCAUCCAUUGCUAGCAAAGAAACUUCUUGACUUUUCAGAAGAGGAGGAAGAGGAAGACGAAGAGGAGGAUAUUGAUAAGGUUCAACUUCUUGGGGCCGAUGGCCUAGAGCAAGAUGUUGGUGAGACUGAAGAUGAUGAAUCACCAGAACAGCGAGCCCGGAGACCAAUGAAUGCAUUUCUCUUAUUUUGCAAACGCCAUCGCUCCCUUGUACGUCAGGAACACCCCAGGCUUGAUAACCGAGGUGCUACCAAGAUACUAGCUGAUUGGUGGGCUGUUCUUGAUCCAAAGGAAAAGCAGAAGUACACAGACAUGGCCAAGGAGUAUAAAGAUGCAUUUAUGAAAGCAAACCCUGGCUACAAAUGGUGUCCUACAACAAACAAGCCUGUGAAAUCUCCAACACCCACUGUCAAUCCACGAAAGAAACUAUGGGCCUUCCCAUCUGACUCUUCAAGGGACUUGCCAAGCCCCAAGAAAGCGAAGACUGAAGAAAUGCCUCAGCUUAACUUUGGAAUGGCUGAUCCUACUCAAAUGGGAGGCCUAAGCAUGCUGCUUUUAGCUGGAGAACAUGCUCUUAGCACUCCAGAGGUUCCCUCGGGCACUUGCAGGCCUGAUGUUCCAGAAUCCCCUGACUCUCGUCAGAAGUCACCAUUGUUUCAGUUUGCUGAGAUAUCUUCAAGUACAUCCCACUCAGAUGUGCCCUCCAAACAGUGUCAGGCAUCAGCCUUGCUUCAGUUUGCAGAGAUUUCUUCAAACACUUCGCAGUUGGGUGGUGCUGAGCCUGGAAAACGCUAUGGGAAGUCUGCACUCUUUCAGCUGGCAGAGAUGUGCCUGGCAUCAGAGGGGGUGAAAAUAGAAGAAUCAAAGCAAAUAAAAACAAAAGAAUCAGAUGGUGGAAGAAUUAAAGAACUGGAGAAGGGAAAGGAAGAAAGAGAAAUAAAAGUGGAGAAAACGGAUGAAGGCAAUUUACAGAAGGAGGCAGAAUUUGAAAAAUCAGCUAAGGAAAAUGUAAGAGAUUCUAAGGACUUAAGAAAUUUUGAGGAACUGCAAGUGGAUAAUAUAAUGGCUAUAAAAAUGGAAGAUCCCAAAGAAAUAAAAAAGGAAGAACUAGAAGAAGAUCAAAAGUGUAGUCUUUUCCCUGAUUUUUCUUACUCUGCCAGUAGCAAGAUAAUAAUAAGUGAUGUUCCCAGUAGAAAGGAUCACAUGUGCCAUCCUCAUGGAAUUAUGAUCAUUGAGGAUCCCACAGCAUUAAACAAACCUGAAAAACUAAAAAAGAAGAAGAAGAAAAGCAAAAUGGAUCGACAUGGAAAUGAUAAGUCCACACCCAAGAAGACUUGCAAGAAGAGGCAGUCUUCUGAGUCUGACAUCGAGAGUGUCAUAUACACCAUUGAAGCCGUUGCAAAGGGAGACUGGGGCAUUGAGAAACUUGGAGAAGCCCCUCGCAGGAAGGUCCGCACAUCCUCAAGUGGCAAGGGAAGCCUUUUGGAUGCCAAGCCACCAAAGAAAAAAGUGAAAUCAAGAGAGAAGAAAAUGUCAAAGGAGAAACUCUCAGACACUACCAAAGAGUCAAAACUUCCAGAUUUCAUUAGUCUUUCUGCCAGCAAGAGCAUUUCUGGUGAGGUGCCAGAGGGUAUAAAAGCAGAACCGUUGACCCCCAUGGAGGAUGCACUACCACCCAGCUUAUCGGGACAGGCCAAACCUGAGGACAGUGACUGUCACAGAAAAACAGAGACUUGUGGCUCCAGGAAAUCCGAGAGGUCUUGCAAAGGUGCUCUUUACAAAACCCUGGUGUCUGAGGGCAUGCUCACCUCUCUGCGAGCUAAUGUUGACAGAGGAAAACGAAGCUCAGGAAAAGGAAACUCAUCUGAUCAUGAAGGGUGUUGGAAUGAAGAAAGUUGGACAUUUAACCAGAGUGGGACCAGUGGGAGCAAAAAGUUCAAGAAGACUAAGACAAAGGAAGAUUCUCUCCUUGGCUCAACAAAGCUGGAUGAAGAAUUUGAAAAAAAGUCCAACAGCCUCCCUCAAUAUAGUCCUGUUACAUUUGACCGGAAAUAUGUUCCAGUCCCAAGAAAAAAGAAGAAGACUGGGAAUAUGUCCUCAGAACCAGCUAAAACCAGCAAAGGUCCAUUCCAGUCUCAGAAAAAGAACUUAUUCCACAAAAUUGUCAGCAAAUAUAAGCACAAAAAGGAGAAGCCUAAUGUUCCAGAAAAAGGAAGUGGGGAUAAAUGGUCAAACAGGCAACUCUUCUUGGAUGCCAUUCACCCUACAGAAGCCAUAUUUUCAGAAGAAAAAAACACCACAGAGCCUGCUUAUAAGGUUAAAAAUGCCCCGUCCAUUCCCAACACUCCAGAGCCAACAAUAACGCAAGAACCUUUGGUGGGCAGCCAAAAGAGAAAAGCAAGGAAAACCAAGAUCACACACCUUGUCAGAACAGCAGAUGGCCGGGUAUCACCAGCAGGAGGUACUUUGGAUGACAAACCAAAGGAACAACUGCAGAGGAGUCUCCCUAAGACAGCCGAGACAGACUGCAAUGACGAGUGCUUACACCACAGCGAGGCGGCGGGGACACGGAGCAGCACUCCAGACAUGCCUGCUGUGUCUGCGUUCUUCAGCCUUGCUGCGCUGGCAGAGGUGGCAGCCAUGGAAAAUGUGCACAGAGGUCAGAGGACAACUCCGCUCACCCAUGACGGACAGCCAAAAGAAAUGCCACAGGCUCCUGUCCUUAUUUCCUGCGCUGACCAGUGAAGCGCCCUUUAAUUGUAAAACAUUGUGCUUUACCUACUACCCUAUCCUUGUCUUUACCAAGGGAUGCUAGCGAGUCCAUGUGGUGGAAAAUACAGACAGCAAACAAGUGCUUGUUGCCCUACAUGGCCCAGAUUCACUUGACACAGAAGUUAGCAUCCUGGGCCAGUUUGUUCUUUCAGAACCCAGAAUCUUUGAGGGUAGUGUUAUUUGUCUGAUAAUGAGCAGAAGCAGAAUGAUUGUGGAGCUUUGCUUUCUGUUGAAGGCUCUUAACGGUAAUAGGUGGUAACUUGGUAAAAGGUUGCCUUUACUUUAGCUCAUCCAGCGUCUCUUUUACCAACCAGAGUGUGAAACUAGUUUCGUAUAUUACCUAGCUAUUCUUUCAAAACAAAACAAAAAACAAAAACUGACGCACUGCACUAGUUAUUAUUAGAUAUUCCUAGUCUUUUUUGUACAUGGAGAUUUAAGUUCUAAGAUGGUUUAUAUAAUAGGUUAUACCUACAUUUAUAUUGUAGAAUAAAUAUUAAAAAGCCUGUACAAGAGACUCCCAAGCAGCAUGGGCAGGCAGGUGUACCAUUGUUAGCGGUGUAUGCUCGGCCUUGUGGUCCAUGUAUUCUGCACUUUUAUAUUUGCCACCAGAAUGGUAAUUUGCUAGCAAAAAGAGAGAGAGAAAAAAAAUUACAAUUCUUACAAGCUGAAUUUUUUUCUUAGCUUUGAGUGACCAAGAAGAAUUUGCUUGGGGCAAAUUGUGGCAAAUAUUUUCCCAGACAGGGGAAGAGUCCUGCAGAUGACAGAUUACUGAUGUUUUCAUGCCUUGAGGAUUCUUUUAUUUUUACACAGGGGUCUAAGUGACCAAUGGAUUGUUCCUACAAACAAAAAGACAAAAAUAUUAUUCAGAAGUGACCUUAGUAUUAUUUCACUAUUCUGAACACACUGAAGACAUUCACGUCGUGUGGACUUUGCGAUACAGACCUUUUCCAUCCAUCACAGACAGACUGGACGGGUUGCACUUGCUAUGCACAGCCUAACUGGCACUGCAGGUUUUUAGAGCCAUUUCGAGUUUGUGUCUUAGGAGGUAUAGGGUGCAUGAUCAGGGAGGAAUGCCUGCCCAGAGUAGGACUCCCAGUCAUAGAUCCACCUGCAAGCCUAUGUUUCCUUUUUGUGCUUUGUUGCUUUUGAACAUAAACCAGCCGUACAUAUGCCAGUGCCAAGUGGAUUAACUGGCUUGGAACAUUCAACAUAUUGACUUAACCACCUGACGUUCACAAUGUCUUGUCUCCUAGCAACAGAUGCAAAGUGAUACAUCAAAAUUAGUCUGAGGCUUCAGAUUUUACAGGGUAUUUGUUCCAUAGCACAAAGUAUUUCCCCACUCUUGCAUCACAGCACAAACUACCAAAUUCUAAUUAUUGGAUUCCAGCAAUAAUUUUUAUUGAUUUUUUUCCAAACUGGUGGAAUUUUGAUAGUGUUAGUUCGAGUUUGAAGCUUUUGAAUUAGAUCUCUAUAUGGUGACAGUUUACAUGGUUUUAUCUAGCUUUCUUAUUUAUACUUGACUGAAUUGUAAUGAUGAUUUCUUUUCUAAUCAUAAUUUGACGUAAUAGCCAUACAAAAAAAAAAAAAAUGACGCUAUUAAUACUGACUAGGUUUAGCUUUUCAUGGUUGUAGAUAUUGCUUCAGUUUCGGUGCUGGGAAGUAUGUACAACGUUCUAAAGGAUUGAAAACAAAAAAGUAGAAUUUGUUUUUUUCAAAGCAGGUGAAAAGGGCAGCAGAGUGUUAAGAUGGUAUCCUCAAAAAUGCAUAUUCACUGUGGGAAUAGAGGAAGGAGGAAUUUGUAAAACGUUAAUCAGAGGUUAAAGUUUAACCCCAUUCACAUAGAAAUAAAUCAGGUGAGCAGCCCCAUCACAAAUUUUGAGCAUGAAAUUUUUACACUGAUGCUAUUUUGUUAAUAUUUUCUAAAUUUCCAAACGAAAAGUGAAUAUUUGAUAUGGCUGGGUCCCUGUGUUGGUAGCUGUUGGAGUUUUUGGACCACUUGCUAGCAGUGAUAUAAAAUUUAAACUUAGCUGAAAUCCAAAAAAAAAAAAAAACCCACAGAAAACCAACAACAAAAA